AUGGCAGUGGCAUGGGAGGAGUACUUCCGACUGGUCUUCCAGGAGAAAGCGCCGGCGAAGCCGGUCGAGCAGAAUGCGGUCCACUUUCCACCUCUGCUGCGCCUCCUGGAGAAGAAGCAAGAGCUAGCAGCUGCGGACCAGGGUCUGCGGGUCCAGAAGGAGGAGGAUGCUUCUGAGGGGUGUUGGCUAGUCAGGUGGGGAGGACAGGGGGAUUGCAGGCCUUGCGAGUCCCCUCUCCAGUUUCAGGAGAUUCCGGAACUGGUGGCGCGCUUUGAUGGCCUGGUAGACACGCAGGCAGCAUUGAAGCUGGCAGAGCGCAAGCGACAGGUGGAGCUGGACGAGACCCAUGCUCAGCUGUAUCGUCUUCGGGAAACGAAGCAGGAUGAGCUGCUGCGCCUGGGCCAGCAGCGCGCACAGCUGCGAGAGCAGUUGGAGGCAGCGCGUGAGCGCACACUGCAAUGGGAAUCCAAGUGGACUCAAAUCCAGAACACUGCAGCGGCCAAGACACUGCUCCUGGGACGCACUCGAAUGGCUGUGCUCAACCUGUACCAGCUUGUGCGCCUGCGCCAGAGUCAGCCUCUAGCCCUGGACGUGGAGGACACCGAAGGGCAGCUAGAGGAGGUGAAGCUGUUUAUCAUGGACCUCUCAGCCACACUGGCCAGCCUUGCCCAGGCUGAGCCCACAGUCGCUGUCUCCUAGUCCGGCCAGACGAGCAGCGAAGGGGACCUGAGGGACCAAGUUCCACAUUUCUUGGUGUACAGGCUCAACGCAAGGGCUCUCUGAAUACCCUUCCUCCUAGGCAAGAUGGAGCUGUGCCAGCCCGUGCCGUUAGGAGACUUCCACAGGAUACCCAACUAAGUAGACUACUGUCAGUGGGGCUGACAGCUGUGCUGGGCCCUUCACCCACCACACAGGCAGCGGGCUGGGAGCACAGACAAGCUUAGCCACGCUGAUGUACUCCAAGAUGGGCACUUACUAAGCAAAGUGGGUCCAAGCAAUAAGUAGCUGUUGGUAGCAUCAGCUCUUUGGGGUCAAAAUGGUAGUCCCCCCAGUGUGUGCCUAGCCUGUGAGGUCCAGGUGCUGCGGGAUGCUUCAUCUUCCCAGACCCUCAAGCAAGAGGUGGGGAAAGCCACCCGUGGGAGGAAGGACAGAAGGAUGGCACGGGCCGGUUCUCACCUUCACAUGCAGAAGGGUAGUGCCGCCCCCAAAGCCUGCCUCCACCCUACAGCAGCCCUGAGCUAUCUCAAGCAACCGCACCCAGAGACUCAUUCUUCUCA